AGAGGAACCGUGUUCUCGCCAAGGAGGUAUUUGUGGCUUAGCCUCCGCUUGCCCCGAAGGCUUCCUCCACCAGACGGCCGGCCUCUGCCCCGAGCAGCAAGCACAGGGGGUCGAGUGCUGUUAUAAAGUGCCCAGCAACGUGAGGGACUGCCGUGGGCGUGGCGGCGAGUGCGUUCCGGAAGCCCAGUGUGGGAACGCACCUCGAGAGGAAGAGGGAGAGUGUGAUGCUGGGAAAGUCUGUUGCAUUUUCCUCUUCUAAGAAAGUCCGGUGUUUUGCUCUCCUGGGAAAGUCUAGUGUUUUCCUCUUCUGAAAAAGUCUGUUGCAUUUACCUCUCCUGAAAAAGUCUGUUAUAUUUUCCUCUCCUGAAAAAGUCUGUUGCAUUUACCUCUUCUGAAAAAGUCUGCUAUAUUUUCCUCUCCUGAGAAAGUCUGUUGCAUUUUCCUCUCCUGAAAAAGUCUGUUGUAAUUUUUCCUCCCUUUUUUUCCUCUUUAAGAUGGACAAGGAUAUGGGUUUAAGGAAGGGGGGGGGGCGUUGAGACGUUGAGUGGUUCAUGGUGAAGCAGAUUUCGGGUUUAAUUGGAUAUUCUGCUGGUGUUGGAAAUGUUGAAUUGGUCAUGAG